CGCCCUUGGCACAUCAUCCGUCGCAAUCCACAAUUCCCUCCUCUCCCUCUCUAUAUAAACCUCUCCAUUGGCUCCACCAUAGCUACAAACAACCUCAGAAGGAACCCUCAGCUAAUUUGCUCAACACUAAUUUAUAUGGAUAUUUUCUCGACAACCAUAGUCUACAUCCUCCUCUUUCUCUCCGCUCUUCUCUACUACCAUUUAUCAAAGAAACGCGGCAGGAAGAACAAACUAACACCGAAGCUCCCCCCAGGUUCGAUGGGCUGGCCGUACGUUGGAGAGACACUUCAGUUGUACUCUAAGGACCCCAACGCCUUCUUCUCCGACAAGCAAAAGAGAUACGGAGACGUAUUCAAGACACACAUUCUUGGGUGCCCUUGCGUGAUGUUAGCUAGCCCGGAGGCAGCGCGGUUCGUGCUGGUGAACAAUGCUGAAUUGUUUAAGCCCACGUACCCGAAGAGCAAGGAGAAGAUGAUCGGCCCCGCUGCGCUGUUUUUUCAUCGGGGAGAGUAUCAUAACCAUUUGAGAAAGCUCGUACAGACCUCAUUCUCACCUGAGGCUAUCAAGAAACUAAUCCCCGGCAUCGAAGCCAUAGCUGUUUCCAUCCUGGACUCCUGGUCUAGUGGUCAGCUCACUAACACGUUCCUAGAAAUGAAGAAGUUCUCCUUUGAAGUGGGAAUUUUAGCUAUUUUUGGACACUUGGAAAGACAACAAAAGGAAGAACUAAAGGAGAAUUAUUCCAUAGUGGAUAGAGGCUAUAAUUCCUUCCCCACAAACCUGCCAGGAACGGCAUACCACAAAGCUCUAAUGGCCAGAAGAAGGCUAAGUCGGAUUCUCGGCGAGAUCAUCUGUGAAAGGAAGGAGAAAAAACUGUUGGAGAAUGAUCUCUUGGGGCAUCUUCUCAACUUCAAGAACCAACAGGGGCAGACUCUGUCGGACGAACAGGUAGCGGACAACAUCAUAGGAGUUCUGUUUGCUGCUCAAGACACUACUGCCAGUGCAUUGACAUGGAUCAUCAAGUACCUCAGUGAUGAUCCAAAACUGUUGGAAGCUGUUAAGGCAGAACAGAAGGCGAUCUACCUGUCGAAUGACAAGGGAAACAGGAACUUGACAUGGACUCAAACUAGAAAUAUGCCACUCACUUAUAAGGUGAUAUUGGAGAGCUUAAGGAUGGCAAGCAUUGUGUCUUUUACUUUCAGAGAAGCUGUGGUUGAUGUAGAAUAUAACGAUUAUCUUAUUCCAAAGGGAUGGAAGGUUAUGCCCUUGUUCAGAAAUAUUCACCACAACCCUGAAUUUUUCAAUGACCCUCAAAAUUUUGAUCCAUAUAGAUUUGAGGUUGCUCCAAGGCCCAAUACCUAUAUGCCAUUUGGCAAUGGAUCCCACUCCUGUCCUGGAAAUGAACUUGCCAAACUUGAGAUGCUGAUUUUGAUCCAUCAUCUUGUGAACAAAUUGAGGUGGGAAUUGGUGGGCUCCCAUGAUAUGGUACAGUACAGCCCAUUUCCAGUCCCUCUUAAUGGGCUUCCGGCCCGGUUUUGGAAAGAGCCCGAAAUCCAAGAUUUAGUAUAAAUUUAGCCUAUUAUUGUAGAAUUUAGACAAGUAAUUACAUAAUAAUACCUAACUAAAUAACUAUUAUUAUUAUUAGUAUUAGCAAGCACCCCAUAACCCUAUGUAUCCUUUUUUUUCCAAAAUCAAGGGGUCAAAAUUGUAUGUGUAUUAUCCUAUUGGGGCUAUCUUUCUUUCCACAUAUUUUACAACUUUUAGCAAUUAUUU